AUGAAGUGGAAAGAAACAAUUGACUUUAGCACUUUACCAACUUGGGAAGAAUUCACAAAGGUUUUGGAACGAAGAUGCCAAUAUUUAGAAUCAAUUGAUCCCCAAGAAUCGUCCACUAAUAAACUGUCUACAACAAAUCAUAACAAACGCAAUGGAUCACGUCACCAACCACAAAAACAUACAUUUAUGACUCAAGUUAAAAAGAAUUGUAUUUUUUGCAAACGAUUAGAUCAUUGGAGUAGCAAUUGUUCGCAAUUCAGAUCAAUGGAUUCUACAAGCAGAUUUGAUACAGUUAAAAAACUUGGCGCUUGUAUUAAUUGUCUAUCAAUUGGACACAACAUAGCUAAUUGUACGUCAAAAUAUCGCUGUAAAACAUGUAAUCUCGCUCACCAUACGUUGCUUCAUAGGGAGACACCAGCGGUUAGUACCAAUUCUACUGUUUUAUCCAACCCUGUCAAUCAAGCAGCUGUUAAUACUCAUAUGAACAACAAAUCUAGCAGCAUAAUUCUUGCAACAGCCAUUAUUCUCGUUUCGGAUAGCACAGGUGGAAAAAUAUCAAUUGACGUUUCUGGUGUUGGAGGCCAAGCAUCCAAUAUGAAGUACGAAGUUUCUUCUACCGUAAGGUCUCGUUUCAACAGUCAUGAGAGUUCUCUUAACUUAUUAAUAACGAAUCGUAUUUCCGGAUAUCUACCAUCUAAAAACAUUGAUGUUAGUGGUUGGGAUUUUCCCCAAAUUGACAUGGCCGACGAAUUUUUCUACAAACAACAACCGAUAGAUUUGUUACUGGGUACUGAAUACUUUUUUGAUGUACUAUGCAGUGGAAAAAUUAGUCUUGGUGAAAACAUGCCCACAUUCCAAGAAACUAAAGUUGGCUGGAUCGUGACUGGUCGCUAUACACCAAAUACUAAACAAUCAAUAGCAAAAUGUAUGGUAUCAUAUUCAGAACCAAAUGAUCUUGAUGAACAAAUUAAAUUUUUAUGGCAAAUGGAAGAAGUAUCUCCACCAGCAAAUAAGUGGACAGCCGAACAGCAGUUGUGUGAAUCACAUUUCGUGUCAAAUGUAGAAACCAAUUCUCAAGGAAGAAUCGUAGUAAAAUUACCCUUUAAGGAACAUUUUUCGGCUUUAGGGUCCUCAUAUAAUACUGCAUUAAAAAGAUUCCAUCUCCUCGAACGUCGUUUAACACGAGAUACCAAUUUGAAAACCCAGUAUAUGCAGUUUAUGUAUGAAUAUGAGCAAAUGGGACAUAUGUCACUCAUUUCGAAUCCCAAUAUUAAUACUCCACACUACUUUACACCCCACCAUUGCGUUCUUCGUCCAAACAGUACAAGCACCAAGCUUAGAGUUGUGUUUGACGCCUCGGCCGUAACUUCGACAGAAAAAUCAUUGAACGAUAUUCUUUUAGUGGGACCAACUAUACAAGAUGAAUUGUUCUUACAAGUUCUUCGUUUUCGUUUGUAUAAGUAUGCGCUCACCGGUGACAUCACUAAAAUGUAUCGAAUGUUUUUGGUGCAUGAAUCGGAUCGUCCAUUUCAGCAAAUAUUGUGGAGAUCUAGUGAGACACAACCAGUUAGUGUUUAUCAGCUCAACACUAUAACGUACGGUAUGUCGGCUUCACCAUUUUUGGCCAUACGUAGCCUACAUUUUCUAGCUGAUAAAUUCGAAGGCUCACAUCAAACAGGCGCUACAAUAAUUCGAAACCAUUUUUAUGUAGAUGACAUGAUAACAGGGGCGAACACAAUAGAUGAGCUAAUUAAAAUUAAAAACGAAGUCGUUUACAUUUUAUCGAAAGGUGGUUUAGAAUUAGCAAAAAUUCAAUCAAAUCACCCUGAUUUCCUAUCGGAUGAUAUAUCACCAAAAAACAUGAAUAUGGAAAAACUACAAAUUCGAAGCGCACUUGGCAUAAGUUGGGAUGCAGUAAAAGAUAAUUUUCUCUUCGCGGCACCCCAUUUUGGAGGUCUCUGGGAGGCCGCCGUGAAAAGCGCAAAGGGUCACCUCUAUCGUACUUUGGUUGGAGCAAAACUUACGUUCGAAGAAGUGACAACUGCAUUAAUAGAAGUAGAAGCUAUCAUGAAUUCCAGGCCGAUUGCAGCGUUAUCCAGCGACCCCAAUGAUAUUGAAGCCCUGACGCCUGGCCAUUUUUUGGUUAAUGGCCCACUUAAUUCUCUUCCCGAACGUACCAUUCAAUGCGAGGACAUCAGUUUUCUAGAAAGAUGGCGUCGUAUUAGUGCUGCCAAACAACAGUUCUGGCAUUGUUGGUCAGAAGACUAUUUAAACGAGAUGAUUCAACGCAAAAAAUGGUUUAAAACAGCGUCUAAUUUGAAGCCUGGAACACUCGUAUUAAUCCAUGAAGACAACUUAGCACCACUUCAUUGGGCUAUGGGACGCAUUAUCGCUACUAUACCUGGAAAAGAUGGGAAGAUACGUGUAGCUGAUAUAAAAACAGCCAAGGGAAUCAUCCGCCGACCCAUUCAGAAAUUGGCGAUUCUAGUAGAGUCUUGA